AUGGCUCACGUUGCGGAUUUGCCGGAGGACCAGCUCAGCAGCUUGGAGCUGAAAAACCUUAUUGCAAAAGAGCUAUCACCGUCGUACGACAUGGAAGCAACUCUAAUAGCAGCAACAUACGCCCCCUUUACCGAAAACUCGGAGAAACAUGUUUGGCGGAUGCACCAACCUACCGAACCUCGAAAGUGCCAACUGUUCCAGUCGGCAAAGGAGAAGCUCUCGUCAGCUGCUAGGCAGAAGAUCGUAGAGGAGCCAUCACAACCGACGAUGAAGCAAACGGCAUCGAACCACCAGGAGAGAUCUCUCUCCGCCGGUUCGACUCGAUCGAAUUCCAGAGAUCAGACUCCUAACCGUCGACGCAAGAUCAGCAUCUCUGAGCUAGGUCCGAUGACCACUGUCCAAGAAAACUUUAUGGAUUCUCGUGAGUUCCGUCCAGUGAAGGAGUACCGGCUUCAAGAAGCUGAUCAGAAACUUCCAGCUACAAUCCCAGGCUACCUACCGGUGCACAGGCGAUCCAUCAGCGUACCUGGUGAUAGCGGGCGACAGCGUGUCUUUAGCGGGAGCACACCGUCCUGCGCAUCCAGUCUAGUAUUAUGUGAGAACUCCCCAUUAAGCCCAAAAAAACAUGGAAGCACGACACAAACGCGUGCGAUCUCUUCUCGCGACAACUUCUUUUCCGACGACGACGAUGAAGUCGAUGAGGACGAUGAGGACGACCGCGACGAUGACGAUGAAGAGGCUCUGGAGCCGCUCACAGAACAGAAACCAUACUCCUCCUACAACAAGUCCCGAUCAGCAUCGCCGCAGCAUCCGAUAUCUCCUCGGUCACUUGCACCACUCGACUUCCCAGUCUCGACGUCUGCUCAACUACAGCGGUUCAACGAACUAUCAUCUAUGUCUCUUAUGCAUUCUCGCUCGGAAGAUGACAGCUGCGAUAUACCACCAGACGUGCCACCAAAACCUGCCCGGAUGACAGUAGGCUCACCAUGCUCAAGGGACUUGCCAUACACUCCCAUGACUUCGUCCGUGUCCAGCAUGCUUUCAGCAUCCACUGCCCCAACGUCAGUCUCAAACACGCCUCCUUCGGCACUUCCGUAUCUCCAGUACCCACUGGAGGGUCGUUCGUUACCCAAGCCGCCUCCUUGCUUCUCGUCUGCCACCGAAGGUAGAUCUCCACCGAGGCCAUGGAACGGGACAUCCUUACCCAAAGCCAAAUCCUCACCCAAGCCAGGCUACAUGGGCCACUCCCGGUGCGGCUCAGACGCCCCCAUGGAGUCCAAGCAGCGACACGAGCGAGCCCUCCAUCUCGGUCCCCAACAUGGCCACCGGCGCUACGAUUCCGAAUCCGCAGCCUCGAUUGUGGACCGCGGCCGUCUCCAACACCGCUGUCCACCCCCAGGCUUCUCCCGGGGGACAGGGCCGGAUGACAACCGCUCCCCCUCAAACGCAAGGCCCACCGCAUCCCACAAGCUCUACUCCUCAUCGUGCUCUUCGCGGCCCCCCCAGCCCCCAGCCGCGAGAGACAGGAGGGCCGAGGAGCAGCGCGCCUUCGAGCACCUCCCCUCUGGCCACCCCGCCAGCUCCGCCCCCGCCCACCUCCCGCCGCGCGAGAUCCAAAGCCUGCACAAGCAAGCCCUCGGCCAAGCCGCCCGCUUCCAGGUGCUCUGCACCAAAGACGUCGAGGCCCUCUCGCGCGAGCUGGCCGCCCUCGACGAGCGCUGCGAGUACCUCCGCAAGGCGCACCACUCGCUCCGGGCCGGCCGUCGCAACCUCCACGAGCGCAUCUGCAGCUCCCUCCGCUCGCCGCCGCCGCCGAGCCACGAGAGCCACGAGAGCCACGAGAGCCUGCUUCUGCUGCUGCGCCAGACGGAGGCCCUCAGCGAGCUCGACGCCAGCAUCGACGACUGGGUCGCGACGCUGGAGCUGGCCGACAACCGGCGCACGCGGGUCCGUCAGAAGCUGCUCGAGCACGUUGCUGCUGCGCUGCUGAUGCUCGCGCCGCCUUCGCCCUCUCCGGAGCCGGAGCCCGAAAUCGACAGCAGACGGAAACAAGAGGAGCAUGAGCUCGCCUCCUCCUCCUCCUCCUUUUCCUCCACAAGGUCGCCGUCGCGCUCGAGAGGACAGCAGCAGCAGCAGCAGCAGCAGCAGAAACAGCAGCGCGCGAAGAGCGCACGCACCGAGUACUCGAUCCAGAUCUACGCCGACGGGGAACUCGCCUUGCUAAUGGCAGACGUCGAGAGCGAGAUUCAGCGUCUGCGCGCGACGGAGCCUGCUACUUCCUCCUCCUCCUCCUCCUCCUCCUCCUCCUCCUUAUCUCCAUCCUCCUCCCUAUCUCCAUUCUCAUCAUCAUCUUCUCCCUCUUCAGCCUAUUCUUCAGCCUAUUCUUCAGCCUAUUCUUCAGCCUAUUCGACCUCCUCUUCCAUCUCACCUCGUGAGCUCAACGAGUCGCACGAAUCGCACGAGUCGCACGAGUCAAAGAACAACAACAACAACAACAACAACAAUAACAACAUGAAGAAGAGCGUGAUCCAAACCCUCGCAGCAGCAGAACUCGAAACCGAAACCAGAACCGCAGAAAAGGUGGACGAAGAAGGAGAAGCAGAAGAAGAAGAAGACGAAGCAGAAGAAGACGAAGCAGAAGAAGAAGAAGCCGAAGAAGUGCCAAUAUUACUAAGCGCUGUAGCCUACGAAGGAAUGAGCGGCACGCUGCAAACGCUCAGGAGGGCUGGGCGGUUAAGUGAUUGA